AUGUUCAGGAUAAAAACGUUCACACAUACCUCCAUCCCUUUAACAAAGCCAGGCCUUAAUUGUGUUCGGAGACUCAGAUUGGUACCUGACUGGUCUAAAUUCAAAACAAUACCACAGCCUCCAGGAUACAUUGUGGGGACUGUGAAUGAUGCCUACAAACCCCCAUCACCAGAAUAUUAUGAGGGUAGUUACCACUGGACUUACGAAAGAGCUAUUACUAUAACCAUGCUUCCGUUGGUUAUGACCCCAUUUGUAGCUGGCGUCGAGUUCCCGUUAGUUGAUUCUGUUUUUUCCACUUUAUUGUUGUUCCAUUGUCAUGCUGGGAUAAAGUCAUGUAUAAUAGAUUAUAUACCAAAACGAGUCUAUGGGUUCUGGUACGGUGCUGCUUGCAAAUUGUUGACAUUGGGGACGUUUGUGGCAAUGUAUGGUAUCUACAUUUUAGAAACUACAAGCAAUGGUCUCUUUGAUUUAGUGUCAUCCUUAUGGUCUGCAUAA